AUGGAGGGCGGGUCAACACCAUUACCAUCACCAGCUGAAUCAGCAGAUGGUGUGGCAGUCUCAGAAGGCGGUCUAGAAGAAGAGGAAGCUUUAGUGCUAGUUGAAGAUCCUAUUAGUCAAGAGAAGAGGUUGUUAGAGAGAAGGAAGAAUGCUAAGAUGGAGAAAGCUGCAAAAUCAAUCUCAAAAAUCAGCUUGGAGGUAGAUAGGCUUGUAGGGAAGUUGCUUAAACUGGAUGGUAUAAUGGCUGAAGGGGAUGUGAAAUUAAAGAGGGAAAUUCAGGUAAAAAGAGUUCAAAAGUAUGUUGAAACUCUGGAUUUGUUGAAGAUUAAGAAUUCCUUGGCUGGUAGUAAUGGACAACAUGCACUAGUGCAACAUCAACAAAAGCAUUCAAAUGGCCAAAAACUGGGACCAAAUUUAGAGCAACAGGGAAAGCACUAA